AUGAGGGUAUCAGAACCCAUACUGGACAUGGAGAUGGCAAAUUAUAGUGAAGUUCUGGACCCAACUUAUACAACUUUGGAAUUUGAUACAAUGCAGAUUCUAUAUAAUUCAAACGAUAGUUCUACCCCAGAGACAACAAGCAUGAAUACCACAGACAAUGGUGUUAACUGCCUAUGUGCUAUAUGUGGGGACAGAGCUACAGGAAAGCACUACGGAGCGUCAAGCUGUGAUGGAUGCAAGGGCUUCUUCAGACGCAGCAUUCGGAAGAGUCACGUUUACUCCUGCAGGUUCAGCCGGCAAUGUAUUGUUGACAAAGACAAAAGGAAUCAAUGUAGAUAUUGUCGAUUAAGGAAGUGUUUUAGAGCUGGAAUGAAAAAAGAAGCUGUGCAAAAUGAACGUGACAGAAUAAGCACCAGAAGAAACACGUUUGAUGGCACCAAUAUCCCCUCCAUUAACACACUGGCACAAGCUGAAGUUCUAUCCCGCCAGAUUUCAGUAUCAAGUCCUGGGGCAAGCACUGACAUAAGUGUUAAGAAAAUCGCAAGUAUCAGUGAUGUUUGUGAAUCUAUGAAACAGCAACUCUUAGUGCUGGUGGAAUGGGCUAAAUACAUUCCUGCCUUCUGUGAGUUACCCUUGGAUGAUCAGGUGGCAUUGUUGAGAGCUCAUGCAGGAGAACACUUACUGCUUGGAGCUACAAAGAGAUCUAUGGUGUAUAAAGAUAUUUUGCUUUUGGGAAACAACUACAUUAUUCACCGUAAUAGCUGUGAAGUGGAGAUAAGCCGUGUAGCCAAUCGGAUUCUCGAUGAGCUAGUCAGACCAUUCCAAGAAAUUCAGAUUGAUGAUAAUGAAUAUGCUUGUUUGAAGGCAAUUGUAUUUUUUGACCCAGAUGCAAAAGGUCUCAGUGACCCAGUGAAAAUUAAGAACAUGCGGUUCCAAGUUCAGAUAAGUUUGGAGGACUACAUCAACGACCGCCAGUAUGACUCCCGAGGAAGGUUUGGAGAGCUGCUUUUGUUGCUGCCCACACUCCAGAGCAUAACGUGGCAGAUGAUUGAGCAAAUACAGUUUGUUAAACUUUUUGGGAUGGUUAAGAUUGACAAUCUCCUUCAGGAAAUGCUCCUGGGUGGUGCUUCCAAUGAUGUAAGCCAUCUCCAUCAUCCAAUGCAUCCACAUUUGUCUCAAGAUCCAUUAACUGGACAGACUAUACUUAUAAGUUCCAUGUCAACACUUGCUCAUCCAGACCAAAUCUCAACUCCUGAAACCCCACUCCCAUCCCCACCACAAGGCUCUGGACAAGAACAGUACAAAAUAACUGCAAACCAAGCUUCAGUCAUUUCACACCAGUCUCUCUCUAAACAAAAGCAAUUGUGAAAAUAUGUUUACAUCACAACAGCAUUGCUCAAAUGUGAAAAAAAAAUGCUGGUUUUUAAAUAUCUCAGGAUAGUACUUUUGAGAAGUUCGUAGACA